GUGAAGCUGUAUUUCUAGCAACGCUCAAUGGCUGUUUGGAAAUGGGUCUGACUGUUGCUUUGGCGGUCCUGCAGAGGUGAAGUUGAGGAAGCUAUGUCAUUUCAUGUGCCCUUGUUUGGGGCUUAGAAUCUUGAAGUGUGAUUGCUGGAGAGAAGGAACUCAGCAUUAUGCGCCCGGGUGAUAACCUCUAAUCAUUAUCGUCUACCAGCCUACUCCUCCCUGCUGCCUUUUCAUGGCAGGAGCUACCUUAACCCCUCAUCUGCGUGAGUGACACUGGUGCCUGCUGCAGAGAUGGAUGACUUCCGAAGAUCCUACGUGAGGCUGUGCAAAGAGAAUGGUGCUGAGCCACAGGAGAGCAUCCUGCAGCACUUGCAGGAGGCAACAGAGAGAAGCUGCUUGGAUUUUGCCACGCACAGCCUUUCCGUGGACACAUGUGGAGCCCUAGGCAAGCUUCUGCAGGACGAACUCCAGUUCACCGAGAUCACUCUGAGCGAUUGCAUGCUGAGUGAAGAAGGGGCAAAGCUACUACUACAUGGACUUUGUGCUAACACAGUUGUGAAAUCCUUGGAUCUGAAGGGCAAUAACCUACGAGCUGUGGGAGCUGAAGCUCUGGGGAAACUGCUCAGGCAGAACAAGUCUGUCAGGAGCCUCACUUUAGAAUGGAACAACUUGGGUAUCUGGGAGGAAAGCUUUGCCUUAUUCUGCGAGGGGCUUGGAGCAAACAGUACUCUGCAACGCCUGGAUCUGCGUAAUAAUCAGAUCAACCACCAGGGGGCAGGAGAGCUGUCCAUGGCACUGAAAAACAAUUCCGGUCUACAGGAGCUUGAUCUGCGCUGGAAUAACAUUGGGCUUCUGGGGGGCCGUGCGCUCCUGAAUUGCCUACAUAGCAACCGGGUGCUCCGACAACUUGAAUUGGCUGGGAACAAUGUACCCAGUGACAUCCUGAAGGCUGUGGAUCAAGCUAUGGAACACAACCAAGAGCGUCAGAACAUCCUCUGCAAGAGUCGAAACAUGACACACGUGCUCAGUAAAGAGGUGCUAUGCUUGAAGGAGGAGAAAGCGAAACAGUUCCUGGAUCUGAUGGACACUAUUGACCGGCAGAGAGAGGAGAUAACUCGCAGCAACAGGGUAUCAGCAGCGCGAGUCGGGCAGCUGCAGGAAGCCUUGACGGAACGGCAUUCUGUGCUUAACUCACUCAAAGCAAAGCUCCAGAUGACGGAGGCAGCCUUAGCUUUGUCGGAGCAGAAGGUGCGCAAUCUGGGUGAGUUGCUGAGCACGGCUAAGGAGGAGCAGGCAAGACUGGCAGAGAACCAGGCCUUGGAGCUGCAGCAGCAUAAGAAGGAUUCUGCUGAUCGAGAAGCAAAGCUGCAGCGUGACCUUUCAGCUGCCAGUGAAAAACAUCUCCUGCUCAGGAAUCAGGUGGACGAACUGGAAAGGAGGUGCCAAGGGCAGCAGGCGCAGCUGUUUCAGGUGAAGGAGGCCCUGACUCACACGACGGCAGAGCUGAAAAUGCGGGCUACACAGGCUGAAGAGCGCUUGGAGAUGGAGAAGAGGAGGUUCAGGCAGGGCCUUGAGGAUGCGGAAACUCUUCGGCUGAAGGAGGUAGAUCACAUGACACAUCACCUGGAGGCAACAGAGCAUUCCCUGCAGGAACGAAUCCAAAGGCUGGAAACGAUCCGCCUAGGGCUUGAGGAGGAACUGAGCCGAGUGAAAGCUGCUGCUGUUGUGGAGCGGGGCCAGGUUGAGGAGGAGAUCAUCAAAGCCAAAAACCAAGCCAGGUUGGAAGAGCAACAGCGACUAGAGCACCUGGAGGAGAAGCUGCGGCUGAUGGCUCAGUCCCGCGACGAGGCGCAGAAUUACUGCCUGCAUCAGAAACAAGCCAUGGCUGAGGCACUUGGAAAGGAGAGCCAGCUCAGCAUGCAGAUAGAAGGACUCAAGAGGCGGGUGGAGGAGCUUCAGCAGGAGCGGAGCGGCAAGGAACAAGAGAAGGUAGCUGAGGUCAACAAGGUGCGAGUGGAGCUGCUGGCGCAGAUUGGACACCUGGAAGCUGAGAGGACGGCACAAGAAGGGCUGCGAGAGAAAAAUGCAGCACUGGAGCGGCAACUGAAAGUGCUGUCCAGCAAUCACCGGGAGGCACUAUUGGACAAAGACGGAGAAAUCGCAAGUCUACUGGAGAAGCUGCGUGUUCGAGAAGCGGAGAUCUCCAGGAUGAGGGAAGAGGAAGCUCAGCGAGCCACUUUCCUUCAGAAUGCCAUCUUGACCUACGUUCAGAGCUCCCCGCUGAGUUCUUUCAGCCCCAAGAAGUGAGCACAAGUCUUGAAGGGUCUUGUCCCAACUUCCAUAAACUGGAGUCAGAAUGAGGAUUGCCAUAAGUUUGUGAGGCAUGUGGGAUAUCCUAGAUUCUGACCUUUUUGUAUCAUCGAGACUUUGGAAACUACCUGGACUUGAGCUGUCAUUUAAAGACGUGCAAUUGCCUUAGAAAACAUUUUCAGGGCUUGUGGCAAAGCCUAGCCUUGUUCAAACCUACAAGCCAUAUUUGAAGCCCCUGAACUGCAGCCAUUCAUUGCAGGAUCUACUCUGUAGCCAUUAUAAAAGGCCUGUUUGCAAGA